AAAAAGAAGGCAAGCAAAAGAAAAAGACGGAGUCGACCCCUACGCGAAAAGAAACAGUUAUUUAACUUUUUGCUUCAAAUGACAUUCUUUUUCUUCCUCAACUUUUUUUGCUUGCCUUUUUUUUUUUAACGCAAUCUCAACUGCAGUGGUUGCCAACUUGUAUAUUUUUAGUGUGUUACAGUUGUGUUUGGUAAUUUGACCGUCGCUUCCGCGUAUUAUGAGUCUACCGUAUUAUUCCCAUCGAUCCGACGCUAGUUUUGUCAACAUGGAAAGCCCUACCUCUCCUCAACGGCACUUUUCGUAUGAAAUCCCCAGUGCUCAAUCGCUGUUGCAGCCUCCACGUACCGCCACGCAACAACGAAGAGCGCUCUCCGUUGCGCCACCUUCUCCUGUCCUCGGAAACAAACACAGUAUUCGGAAAACCGCCCAUUCACUCGAGGCUUCACCCACACCCUCCCGUCUGAAUAUAGCUGAACGAUUUAUGUCCCCGAAUUAUUCAAAAGAUUACGCCUCUUGUUGCUCCAGCUGUACGAGCAAUACCGAACAAGUGUCCAGUCAUGUCAAUUCCACCACCCUUUCAAACUCCGGCUUCGUCAUGCCUCCUUUGAGUGACCAUGCGCCAGUCGAUGUAUCAUUUACGAGCAGCCCAGCCACCUCCAGGAGACUGACCAUUGCUGAUACUUUUAUGACGGCAAAACCAUCGAGUAUCCUUUCUAGCCAUCAUUCCAUCUCGCUCGAUGGUGCCUUGCCCCAUGGUAUAUCACAUCAUCACCCUCAUGCAACGACUCGAUCAUCCGUGCCAAAUAUGGUAGUGGACAUGCCUUUACAAGUAUACAAUGAAACCCGUCUUCCACGCCCUUGGCCUGCUAAUGAGAAGUUGAUAACAAUUCAAGACCAACUGCCGAACUACCACGGCGAAGAUCCCGAAAAAUGCAUGGAAACGUCUGAAAAACGUGUCAGUGUCAAUACUUAUAAAACGAGUACCCAGCAACGCAGCAAAUCUGAGGGUCUGUCAAAUAACGAGCCAUCUCCAGGAUGUUCGGUGGGUUGCUGCUUUUUAACGUAUAAACAAGGUCGGUCAAGAACGUCUCGACGAAAACGGAAUAGGAAACCGAGAUCUUGCGGCCGACGAGGAUGGACAAUCUGUAUAUUUCUUAGUGUUGUCGUUUGUGUAUUAGUAGCGUAUCUGUUAUGGCCUCGGACCCCGUUAAUGCGAGUGGAAGGAGCAUCGUUGACUAAUCGGGCAAAGAUAACACAAACGCAUCAGGGUGAAAUUGGCAAUGUCGCUUUUGAAACGGGAUGGUUGGUCAACGUCACGGUCGAUAAUCGAAGAAACUACGUCCCUAUCCGUCUAAAUGCAGUUCAGGUGGCGGUGAAGGACUCCUUGACAGGACUUAUCAUCGGCAGGGAUGCCAAUCGUCCUGAUACUGAUAAUACUGCGAUUGUUGUUCCUCCCAUGAAAAUCACCACGAUCGAGCUUCCGAUUUAUAUUAAUUAUCAAGCGCGCACCUCAACUGACACCACUUUUGUCGACCUCGUUCAGGCGUGCACGUUACAACAUCAACGACAUGAAGCGUUGCAACUUCAAUUCUGGAUCACGCUCUAUAUGUUUGGACUGGACUGGAUAGGGUAUAAGCCUACCGUGGUAGCCACCCCUGCAACCGGUGGAUUUGCAUGUCCAUUGGAUUUUCCGUCGUGAAAGACCUUCCCUUGGAUUGCCGAAUCUUGUAAAAUAGAAACAUCACCAUGCACUGACGCAAAGAAGUCGAGGUGAACCCUUCAAUACUUCCUUUGACGCAUUUGAAGUAUGCACGUUAAAUGUACACUACCCUUUAUUGCUUUAUCUGUAAAGAAAUUUUUCCGUUGUAAGAUAGCGAACUAACCUAGAG